AAUAAUUAAGAAAGGCUUUGUAAAAACCAAGAUGCAAGCCUACAUUCUCCUUACCCUUUUCGCACUUUUCGCCUGUGCAUUUGCCGGUGGAUAUGGCGGUGGCGGUGGAUAUGGCGGAGGGCGAGGUGGUGGAUAUGGAGGUGGUAAAGGAUACGGAGGAGGUUAUGGUGGAUUAGGUAGAGGUGGUGGUUAUGGAGGAGGCGGUUACGGAGGUGGAAAAGGAUACGGAGGAGGAUAUGGUGGUGGUCGUGGUGGUGGAUACGGAGGAGGCGGUUACGGAGGUGGUAAAGGAUACGGAGGAGGAUACGGAGGUGGUCGUGGUGGUGGAUACGGAGGAGGUGGUUAUGGUGGUGGUAAAGGGUACGGAGGAGGAUAUGGCGGUAGAGGUGGUGGUGGAUAUGGAGGCGGUAAAGGGUACGGAGGAGGAUAUGGUGGUGGAGGUGGUGGUUAUGGAGGAGGCGGUUACGGAGGAAAAGGUUACGGCCGAUAAAGAGUUGGAGUUAAGCAGUACAUUUCGUAAUAAAAGGAUGGGAAAAGAGUUGUACCUCUGCAGCUGAAUUCAUGAUCUUUCAGUAAAAUAAAACCCUCUGUGCCAG